UAGAUAAAUGAUAUAGGAGAAUUCUAGGGAGAAAUAGCGCUGCAAAUAGCAAUAAAAAAGGGUCGGCCUCCGAGGAAUCUUCCCAGACCAGGCAGCCGGCCAUGCGCUAUUUAAAAGCUCAUCGCCGAGGAAGCAACUGAGGGCAUGCAGCAGGUGGGAGGGAAGGAAGGAGGGCAAGCGGAAGCGCCAUGGCUUCGCUCUGGCAUGCCUCUUUCAUUGUCCUUGUACUCCUUGGAGGAUCCGAUGGCAAUCCAGUUGCCCCUCACCAGAGUCAGCUGGAUGUAAACCACAAGAAGCCAUUACAGACAUUCAGACCUUACAAUAUUGCCCACAGGGGUUCCAAUGGUGAAAUACCCGAAGAGACCGCGGCAGCUUAUUCGAGGGCGAUUGAGGAAGGUGCAGACUUCAUUGAGACUGAUAUACUUGCGUCAAAGGACGGGCAUCUCAUAUGCUUUCAUGAUGUAACCCUCGAUGCAACGACUGACAUCGCUGACCGUGCGGAGUUUGCUGGCAGGAGGAGAACCUAUGAAGUCGAGAGAGCAAAUGUAACUGGAUGGUUUGUUGUGGAUUUUACUCUAAGUGAACUGAAAUCUCUGAGGGUGAAGCAACGCUACAUAUUCAGGGAUCAGCAGUACAAUUGGAAGUACAAGAUCAUUACAUUUGAUGAGUUCAUCAUGAUUGCACUGUAUGCUGACAGGGUUGUUGGGAUAUACCCAGAGAUGAAGAAUCCUAUUUUCAUUAACGAGCAUGUGAAGUGGUCAGGUGGCAACAAGUUUGAGGAUAAGUUUGUGGAGACACUUAUGAAGUAUGGCUACAAAGGCGAAUACAUGUCUGAAGAUUGGCUCGAGAAGCCACUAUUCAUCCAAUGUUAUGCUCCAACUUCACUCAUUUACAUCUCAAACAUGACAAAGUCCCCAAAACUGCUUCUCAUCGAUGACACCACGGUUCGGACUCAAGAUACCAACCAGUCCUACUAUGAUAUUACUUCGGAUGAUUAUCUCAAAUUCAUAAGGAAGUAUGUAACUGGUAUUGGGCCAUGGAAGGAUACAGUUGUUCCCCCAGAAAAUAACUAUUUAGGGCCACCGACUGAUCUUGUGGCACGAGCGCAUGCUCUGAAUCUUCAGGUCCAUCCAUACACAUUCAGAAACGAGAACUCAUUCUUGCACUUCAACUUCCACCAAGACCCUUAUGCUGAAUAUGAGUACUGGCUCAGCAAGAUCGGUGUUGACGGUCUGUUCACCGAUUUCACCGGCAGCUUACACCAGUACCAGGAUUGGACAGCUCCACACCAAAUGAAGGCAAAGAAUGCAGAGGCACUCCUGUAUCAGAUCUCCUACAUGCUAAAGGACGAUGGAUACUAAGCUUUGGUUGGCAAGUCUGUAUACAAACCCCGUUAUGAGAUUGGUUUCGUUGUAUCGAUCACCGAGAAAAAGGACUGGUACUGUCACUCUCUGUAAUUGUUACCUUUAUAUCAUCACAGGAAUGCUUAUUGUGCAGCAUCAUGGAGUGCAGACGUUCUUAAAUUUGGAUGUACUGCACUGUCUAAAAUGAAUUUUAUCCAGAA